AUGCUGUCCACCUGCAUGGCACCAACCACCACAACAGCAACAGCAGCAACAACAACAGACCAACCCACAACUAAAUUAAUCCCAUCAUCAUCAUCAUCACUCAACGGAUCUGGUACCUCAGUGGUCAUCAUGGUGUCUGUUAGUCUGGUAGUGUUACUGCUGGUGAUCAGCCUGAUCAUAGUCUACAGAUGGAAAUACAACAAGGCCACAGGAUCUGUCUCUUCAACACACAGAGUGAGUCCAGACACAGGAAUCAAUGAAGGGGGUUGUCAUGGUGACGGUGACUAUGAAGAGAUAAUGGAGCGCCCCCUAAGGUCAGACUCAGGCGCUGCGACCUCCACCAUCGACACCACCGCCAACUUACCCACAAGUCACUCUGACUCUCUCCACUACGCCAGCGUCAACUUCCACAAGAACCCCAGUGGCCCCAACGAAGCCACUGACACCAUCACUAAAGAGGGCAGCUGCCCCAAUGAAGCCACCGCUGCCAUUACUACAAAGGGCACUUCAUCAUGUGACUAUGCUACUGUGAACAAAAGCCCCGCCUACUCUACUGUCAAUCAUCCACACAGCUGCUCUGAGGCACCUCCCAUCUACUCCACAAUCAGCAAACCCAGAGACACUUGAGUCACUGGCGACCAAUCACAAGAUACAUACACUCACUGGCGACCAAUCACAAGAUACAUACACUCACUGUCGACCAAUCACAAGAGACAUAUUUUAACUAUAUGCGCUGACCUCUAUUUUUAGCAAAUUUCUCUUUUACUUUUUAUUUUUAUUUCUCUCUCUCGCUCUGCUGGUCUCUUUCUCUCUCUCUCUACUUCCUCUCUACUUCCUGUUCUCUCACUGACAGUUUGCAUGUUUUGUCUGGGUGAGCGGAGGUUUCACUUGAUGGGCAAUUUAGGAGCCCGGCGGCGAACUCUGAAUGCCCUGCUCAAAACUGACAGCGAAUCUCAAUAAAGAGGUGGAGUCAACAAACUCCGCCUUCGCAGUUUAAGUUGUUCUAUUGGUUUACUGAGAUCUCAGUAGCUUGUCUGUUAUGUGAUGACAUCAUUCAUUAAGGGGGAGUUGGGUUGUAGAGGAGGGAUGUUUCUUCUGUUCAGAAACUCAUCUGUUGAGUUGAUCAUUUACAAAGACU